AUGCGCUGGAUCAUAAAAGUUGUAAAAACAUUACUAUGUACUCUGUUUCAGGGUCCAACAGUUAUCAGACACUUCUCUGGCUCUGAAAACUUACCUCCAACUGGAAAAGAUGAAUUACCUACCUGCAUGGUCAAUGCUGUAUCAAAGCAAGGCUUUGCUAUAUAUAUUGAUGAACCAGAAGAGAAAGAAAACUACAACUGCCCAGUGGUGGAAGAGCUGGAAUCUAGCCUGUGUGAACUGGACACUAGUGCAAUGACAUCCAAUAUUCACCUACUGUUGGAUCUGAGUACAGGGUCUCCUAUGCUGGUGGACACAUCCUUCCAGACCCAACGCGAGGAUCAGAUGGGAGAUGCAAUAACUGUAAUGACUGUGGGGGAGUAUGCAGAAGACAUCCAUCGGUACCUCCGAGAAGCUGAAGUCAAAUACAGGCCCAAGCCCCACUAUAUGAGGAAGCAGCCAGAUAUCACAACAGGAAUGCGUGCUAUCUUGGUAGAUUGGCUUGUGGAAGUGGGGGAAGAGUACAAACUCCGGACAGAGACCUUGUACUUGGCCGUGAACUUCCUGGACAGGUUUCUUUCCUGCAUGUCUGUCCUCAGAGGGAAGCUGCAGCUUGUAGGAACAGCAGCAAUUCUUCUGGCUGCGAAAUAUGAGGAGAUWUACCCACCAGAAGUAGAUGAAUUUGUGUACAUAACAGAUGAUACAUACACAAAGAGGCAGCUGCUGAAAAUGGAACACCUGCUUCUCAAAGUGCUGGCUUUUGAUUUAACGGUGCCAACCAUCAAUCAGUUCCUCCUCCAAUACAUUCAGAGGCAUGGAGUCUGCAUCAGGACAGAGAAUUUUGCAAGGUAUCUUGCAGAACUGAGUCUCCUUGAAGCUGAUCCAUUUCUGAAGUACCUUCCUUCCCAGACUGCUGCAGCAGCCUACUGUCUAGCAAACUAUACAGUGAACAAGCGUUUCUGGCCAGAAUCACUUGCUGCAUUUACUGGGUAUUCACUAAGUGAGAUAGUGCCUUGCCUGACUGACCUACAUAAAGCGUGCCUUGAUGCUCCCCAUUGCCAACUGCAAGCAAUUAAGGAAAAGUACAAGCUCUCCAAGUACCUGCAAGUGUCUCUCUUAGAGCCCCCAGCAGUUCUUCCUCUUCAAUGAAAAUGGUGGAUCCUGGACUUGAACUAUUCCCUCCCAAUCARCAUAGCUGGUCUAACAUUUCAUAGAGCACUGCAGGUCAUGUGUCUAACCAUGGUGUUAAGAAUGUUUUUUUAGAUAGCUUUUUUUUUUUCUCUUUUAAUUAGAUGCCUUUUUAAAAGAAUAUUAGAUUAUAAGUCUUAAUAGUAACUGACAGCACUUUUAAUAAAUGUCUUAUUACACUGUUCCUAUGUGAAUCUUCUGACUCUAGUUAAUAUUCACAGUAACAGAUGAAAAGUGUUUUUAUGAGAUUACUGAGCAGAGCUCUUAGGUUAGUUUGGAAAGAAUUAAGUGUCAGGUUGCAUUGGUUUGAACCUCACUCUCAUCCAAGGACAUGGGUGGCCGACUGUGGACUUAUCAGUUUCUUGCUCUUCCAUGAGGCAAGAUCAUGCAGCAAUCAAAGGAUGUUUUCUUCUGGAACUCAUUUGCCAUGUCACAGCAAAAGCAUCACAAUAGUGAUCUCUGAACACUGAUGUGGUCUGUAGAAACCAUCUGUUGAGGUAGAAGUUGAACUCACUUUUAUAAAUAGAGGAAAUCCUUUUGCAGAGGGAAGUGGAAUGAAAAAGAAGAUUUAAGAUGUUCCUAAGGCUCUUCCAGCCAGAAAUACUGAAGGAUGGACUGGGGGAGAGUAAUGAUAAAAACUGCAAUAAAGCAUCUGAGGACUGUCAAGCCAUGAAAGGGUGGACUUAAGCUGGAUGGCUAUUGCUGUAUCAUACCUAUUGUAUUUAAUAUUCCUAUGGCAUAGCUAUCUGAGAUGACACUCCAUGCCCCUACAGCACUUUUGAAUGUGGAUAUUCCUCUGCAGUUUCAAGAGAAGCCUUGCUCUUGGGAGAAAGGAAGGAAAAGCCUGUCUGGGAUGUUCUUGCUGCAGCAGGAUAAGCCCUGGAUUUUGUGUACUCUUGAAGAGGGAGAGUAAUCUGUACAGGUAUUAGAUUUCCAAACAAAAAUAUACAUAAAACAUCACAUUAACAUGCAAGUCAACAGAAGCACUGUUUUGCAGUUAGAUUAAGUAGCAGAUGAAGUCUCUUGUUUUAAUUAGAAAGUUGAUUAUACAAGUGUCAUGAAGCUCCAGGUGUUUAACUUUCCGUGAUGUGCAUAAGACUUUCCUUCCUUCCCUGCUUUCCCCCUUCCAGGCUAGCAGUUAUUUCUAGCAAGGCUUCCCCUUCUCUUCUCUCAGAACAGAGGAAGAUAACUAUAAAAAUGAUUCACUUGCCUCAAUGUAAAUAUCCUUUAACAGAAGAGUGCUCACUUUCAACCAGCCUCUGCAACUCUUGGUCUCUUGCUUGAAAAACAACACAAACUUUCUAGUCAAAAUGAUGUGUUUACUUCUUGUUUACUGAUACUAUCAGCUGUGAAAAAGUAUCCAAUGUUUGUCACUGGCAAAUAUUUUAUGGUAGAGGUUUAAUAUCUUCAAAUGUACUGGUGCACUGAAUUUCAUGGCUUGUGGAUGGCCGUCUUAAAGGUGCCAACCGUGCUUACCCAAGCAGACAGCUUUAGAGUAUGUUGCUCAAUUCUGAGGCUAAGCCCAGCAGCAUCUAGUUGCAAUGGUAGAUUUUUUGAUUACUUGUUUUAUAAAGAAACUGGACUAAAUUGAACAGACUCGUAAGUGUCUGCCUCCCUGUGGUGUUUCAGGUUAAAUAUAGGGAGUCCUGAAGCAGCAGAUUGAACUUAACUGAGUCUCAAACCUGUCUGAGUUUCUUUUAAAAACUAUAAUCUCUGAAAUAAGACAAGUAGAACCCAAAGCAAUGAUCUGUGGGAAGGUAGUGUUGUGAUAACAAGUCUUUCUCCCACCCUACCCCCCAGAGUGCAUUUAGGAUGUCUGAAUAGUAACUGGGGAGAAUGUUUUAACUAUAGGUAACACAGCAAAGCUGCUAAUUCAUGGCUGAAGAGUGUCUGCCCUGCUGGAAAAUCUGACAAAGUGCUUGACUAGUCUGGAUGUGUGUAUCUACGUGUUGUUGAUUUUAUAAAUGACUAGAAUUAGCUCUGAUGACCAAGGUUGACGCUUGUUUUGCCAGUGACCUUGAGGCAGAUUGUGGGACUCUCUAAGGCUGAGAAACAAGCUGCAGCAUCAGUGUUUGCUUCCUGGAAUGAAGCUUUUUAGUUUGCAGUUUUCUUCAGCACCUGCUGUCCUAGAACAGGAUCAUCUGGUUAUAUAUGAGCUGUGCAAUCUGUACUAGGCAGACAUAAACUGGAGGAGGUACAGAUCCAUCUCCUACCUCUCUCAGAUGUCCUAGUGCCCUGUAGAGUGGAGUCAUUCUUAGAAACUUUGUUAUGUACUCUGCUGAUUAUGGGAAAUGCACAUAUUUUCCCACUGCAUUAGACAAAACAGCCUCACUGUUUCAUUGAUUUCUUUUGUUUUUAGUCCUUGUCUGUAUUUUGUAGCUCCUUUCCCAUAUUCAUACUAGCACAUAAUUUGCUUGCUCAGACUAUCUACUUAAUAUCAAAAAUAUGGAAUUUGUAUGUUGAGAUACCUUUAAUGAGCAUCCUUAGAAAUACAUUACGUCAACUUCCUGAGGCUUCUGCAGGGAUAGAAAGAAAUGUUAACUUGGAAAGCCUUUGCAGUGAGUUUCUGAUACUAGCCAUGCCGUGUUUGGGAUUUUUCUGAAUGUAACUGAGAGCAGUGCAAACACUUAAGAGAGUUAGCACAAGCAAAUGUCCAAAACAGUCCACAGAAAGUAGUAGAUGCUUCGUGUGUGAUUCAGGUAAUUCUAAAUUCGACGCCUAUCCACAUCAAAUUGUAUUUUGUGCAAAUUACGUCAAGGCAAGUAAAACCAGGCAGACUUGUCCAUAGCCCCGACAAGGAUGUCACGCUCGUGGCUUUGCCUCCCAGAGCUCUGUCCUGUGCUUGUGCAGUUAAGCUGGGCUGGUAUGAAUAAUAACAGURGGCCAAGCAAGGGCUGACUCCUGGCCAAAUGCCACUAUCUGGCUUGUUUCCAUAGUGCUCAGGCUAACUCAGUUC